CCAGCCGGCGCCCGCGCCCGCGCGGACACUUUCAGCCCCGAGCCGCGGCCGCUCAGCUCGGACCCACGCGCAGCGGCCGGAGAUGCAGCCGGGCGCCGCGCUGUGCCUGCGACUGUGGCUCUGCCUGGGACUCCUGGACGGCCUGGCGAGUGGCUACUCCAUGACCCCCCCGACCUUGAACAUCACGGAGGAGUCACACGUCAUCGACACCGGUGACAGCCUGUCCAUCUCCUGCAGGGGACAGCACCCCCUCGAGUGGGCCUGGCCAGGAGCUCAGGAGGCGCCAGCCACGGGAGACAAGGACAGCGAGGACACGGGGGUGGUACGAGACUGCGAGGGCACAGACGCCAGGCCCUACUGCAAGGUGUUGCUGCUGCGUGAGGUGCACGCCAACGACACAGGCAGCUACGUCUGCUACUACAAGUACAUCAAGGCACGCAUCGAGGGCACCACGGCCGCCAGCUCCUACGUGUUCGUGAGAGACUUUGAGCAGCCAUUCAUCAACAAGCCUGACACGCUCUUGGUCAACAGGAAGGACGCCAUGUGGGUGCCCUGUCUGGUGUCCAUCCCCGGCCUCAAUGUCACGCUGCGCUCGCAAAGCUCGGUGCUGUGGCCAGAUGGGCAGGAGGUGGUGUGGGACGACCGGCGGGGCAUGCUCGUGUCCACGCCACUGCUGCGUGAUGCUCUGUACCUGCAGUGCGAGACCACCUGGGGGGACCAGGACUUCCUUUCCAACCCCUUCCUGGUGCACAUCACAGGCAACGAGCUCUAUGACAUCCAGCUGUUGCCCAGGAAGUCGCUGGAGCUGCUGGUAGGGGAGAAGCUGGUCCUGAACUGCACCGUGUGGGCUGAGUUCAACUCAGGUGUCACCUUUGACUGGGACUACCCAGGGAAGCAGGCAGAGCGGGGUAAGUGGGUGCCCGAGCGACGCUCCCAGCAGACCCACACAGAACUCUCCAGCAUCCUGACCAUCCACAACGUCAGCCAGCACGACCUGGGCUCGUAUGUGUGCGAGGCCAACAACGGCAUCCAGCGAUUUCGGGAGAGCACCGAGGUCAUUGUGCAUGAAAAUCCCUUCAUCAGUGUCGAGUGGCUCAAAGGACCCAUUCUGGAGGCCACGGCAGGAGACGAGCUGGUGAAGCUGCCCGUGAAGCUGGCGGCGUACCCCCCGCCCGAGUUCCAGUGGUACAAGGAUGGAAAGGCACUGUCCGGGCGCCACAGUCCACAUGCCCUGGUGCUCAAGGAGGUGACAGAGGCCAGCACAGGCACCUACACCCUCGCCUUGUGGAACUCCGCUGCUGGCCUGAGGCGCAACAUCAGCCUGGAGCUGGUGGUGAAUGUGCCCCCCCAGAUACACGAGAAGGAGGCUUCCUCCCCCAGCAUCUACUCGCGUCACAGCCGCCAGGCCCUCACCUGCACGGCCUACGGGGUGCCCCUGCCUCUCAGCAUCCAGUGGCACUGGCGGCCCUGGACACCCUGCAAGAUGUUUGCCCAGCGUAGUCUCCGGCGGCGGCAGCAGCAAGACCUCAUGCCACAGUGCCGUGACUGGAGGGCGGUGACCACGCAGGAUGCCGUGAACCCCAUCGAGAGCCUGGACACCUGGACCGAGUUUGUGGAGGGAAAGAAUAAGACUGUGAGCAAGCUCGUGAUCCAGAAUGCCAACGUGUCCGCCAUGUACAAGUGUGUCGUCUCCAACAAGGUGGGCCAGGAUGAGCGGCUCAUCUACUUCUAUGUGACCACCAUCCCCGACGGCUUCACCAUCGAAUCCAAGCCAUCCGAGGAGCUACUAGAGGGCCAGCCCGUCCUCCUGAGCUGCCAAGCCGACAGCUACAAGUACGAGCAUCUGCGCUGGUACCGCCUCAACCUGUCCACGCUGCACGAUGCGCACGGGAACCCGCUUCUGCUCGACUGCAAGAACGUGCAUCUGUUCGCCACCCCUCUGGCCGCCAGCCUGGAGGAGGUGGCACCUGGGGCGCGCCACGCCACGCUCAGCCUGAGUAUCCCCCGCGUCGCGCCCGAGCACGAGGGCCACUAUGUGUGCGAAGUGCAAGACCGGCGCAGCCAUGACAAGCACUGCCACAAGAAGUACCUGUCGGUGCAGGCCCUGGAAGCCCCUCGGCUCACGCAGAACUUGACCGACCUCCUGGUGAACGUGAGCGACUCGCUGGAGAUGCAGUGCUUGGUGGCCGGAGCGCACGCGCCCAGCAUCGUGUGGUACAAAGACGAGAGGCUGCUGGAGGAAAAGUCGGGAGUCGACUUGGCGGACUCCAACCAGAAGCUGAGCAUCCAGCGCGUGCGCGAGGAGGAUGCGGGACGCUAUCUGUGCAGCGUGUGCAACGCCAAGGGCUGCGUCAACUCCUCCGCCAGCGUGGCCGUGGAAGGCUCCGAGGAUAAGGGCAGCAUGGAGAUCGUGAUCCUUGUCGGUACCGGCGUCAUCGCUGUCUUCUUCUGGGUCCUCCUCCUCCUCAUCUUCUGUAACAUGAGGAGGCCGGCCCACGCAGACAUCAAGACGGGCUACCUGUCCAUCAUCAUGGACCCCGGGGAGGUGCCUCUGGAGGAGCAAUGCGAAUACCUGUCCUACGAUGCCAGCCAGUGGGAAUUCCCCCGAGAGCGGCUGCACCUGGGGAGAGUGCUCGGCUACGGCGCCUUCGGGAAGGUGGUGGAAGCCUCCGCUUUCGGCAUCAACAAGGGCAGCAGCUGUGACACCGUGGCCGUGAAAAUGCUGAAAGAGGGCGCCACAGCCAGCGAGCACCGCGCGCUGAUGUCGGAGCUCAAGAUCCUAAUUCACAUCGGUAACCACCUCAACGUGGUCAACCUCCUCGGGGCGUGCACCAAGCCGAAGGGCCCCCUCAUGGUGAUCGUGGAGUACUGCAAGUACGGCAACCUCUCCAACUUCCUGCGCGCCAAGCGGGACACCUUCAGCCCCUAUGCAGAGAAGUCUCCCGAGCAGCGCGGACGCUUCCGCGCCAUGGUGGAGCUCGCCAGGCUGGAUCGGAGGAGGCCAGGGAGCAGCGACAGGGUCCUCUUCGCACGGUUCUCGAAGAACGAGGGCGGAGCGAGGCGGGCUUCUCCAGACCAGGAAGCUGAGGACCUGUGGCUGAGCCCGCUGACCAUGGAAGAUCUUGUCUGCUACAGCUUCCAGGUGGCCAGAGGGAUGGAGUUCCUGGCUUCCCGAAAGUGCAUCCACAGAGACCUGGCUGCUCGGAACAUUCUGCUGUCGGAAAGCGACGUGGUGAAGAUCUGUGACUUUGGCCUUGCCCGGGACAUCUACAAAGACCCUGACUACGUCCGCAAGGGCAGUGCCCGGCUGCCCCUGAAGUGGAUGGCCCCUGAAAGCAUCUUCGACAAGGUGUACACCACGCAGAGUGACGUGUGGUCCUUUGGGGUGCUUCUCUGGGAGAUCUUCUCUCUGGGGGCCUCCCCGUACCCUGGGGUGCAGAUCAAUGAGGAGUUCUGCCAGCGACUGAGAGACGGCACGAGGAUGAGGGCCCCGGAGCUGGCCACUCCCGCCAUACGCCGCGUCAUGCUGAACUGCUGGUCCGGAGACCCCAAGGCGAGACCUGCAUUCUCGGAGCUGGUGGAGAUCCUGGGGGACCUGCUCCAGGGCAGGGGCCUGCAAGAGGAAGAGGAGGUCUGCACGGCCCCACGUGGCUCUCAGAGCUCAGAAGAGGGCAGCUUCUCGCAGGAGUCCACCAUGGCCCUACACAUCGCCCAGGCUGACGCUGAGGACAGCCCGCCAAGCCUGCAGCGCCACAGCCUGGCCGCCAGGUAUUACAACUGGGUGUCCUUUCCCGGGUGCCUGGCCAGAGGGGCUGAGACCCGUGGCUCCUCCAGGAUGAAGACAUUUGAGGAAUUCCCUAUGACCCCAACGACCUACAAAGGCUCUGUGGCCUCCCCUCCUCAGCAGCGCAGAAACCCCAGUGGAAGGACGGCUGCUCCUCGGUGGCAGGACAACCAGACAGACAGUGGGAUGGUGCUGGCCUCGGAGGAGUUUGAGCAGAUAGACAGCAGGCAUAGACAAGAAAGCGGCUUCAGCUGUAAAGGACCUGGCCAGAAUGUGGCUGUGACCAGGGCACACCCUGACUCCCAAGGGAGGAGGCGGCGGCCUGAGCGGGGGGCCCGAGGAGGCCAGGUGUUUUACAACAGCGAGUAUGGGGAGCUGCCGGAGCCAAGCGAGGAGGACCACUGCUCCCCGUCGGCCCGCGUGACUUUCUUCACAGACAACAGCUACUAAGCAGCCUCGGACAAGACCCCCAGCACUUGGGGGUUCAGGCCCGGCAGGGCGGGCAGAGGGCUGGAGGCCCAGGCUGGGAACUCAUCUGGUUGAACUCUGGUGGCACAGGAGUGUCCUCUUCCCUCUCUGCAGGCUUCCCAGCUAGGAAGAGCAGGACUCCAGGCCCAAGGCUCCCGGAAUUCCGUCACCACGACUGGCCAGGGCCACGCUCCAGCUGCCCCGGCCCCUCCCCCUGAGAUUCAGAUGUCAUUUAGUUCAGCAUCCGCAGGUGCUGGUCCUGGGGCCAGCACUUCCAUGGGAAUGUCUCUUUGGUGACCUCCUUUCAUCACACCGGGUGGUGGCCUGGUCCCUGUUUUCCCACGAGGAAUCUGUGAGUCUGGGAGUCACACAGUGUUGGAGGUUAAGCCAUACGAGAGCAGAGGUCCCCCAAACGCCGUGUCCUCCUCAGGCACACAGCUACUCUUCCCACGAGGGCUGGCUGGCCUCACCCGCCCCUGCACAGUUGAAGGGAGGGGCUGUGUUUCCAUCUCAAAGAAACGAGGUAUUUGCAGGGUCCUCUUCUGGGCCUGACCAAACAGCUAACUAGCCCCUGGGGUGGCCACCAGUAUGACAGUAUUAUACGCUGGCAACACAGAGGCAGCCCGCACACCUGCGCCUGGGUGUUGAGAGCCAUUCUGCAGGUCUUUUUCAACAGAACUUCACAGACUGUUAGAGCUGCUGAGAAGAAUUUGCUUUCCGAAUUCAGCCUGGAAGGCGCCCAGGGACAGCUGUACUGAGUCUAGAUGACUCUGACCCCCGCCCCAGGUCAAGGCCAGCAGAGCAGUCAGUGCCUCUGGAGAAGGCCCUUGCUCUCCCACCUGGCCCAGAAUCCGAGGAGCCUGGGUCUGGAGCUGCCGGUCUGGUUCUUCCCUUUAGAGCCCGGAUCUGCCACCUGCGGCCCCUCCCAAGCCGUGAACCAGCUCAUGAGAGAUGAGCACCGUGGGAUCCACUCAGGAAGGCUCGGGGCUGGCACAAAGGACCACCCGGCAUUGCCCUGUGCCACCCAGCACUCAGUGGACAUUCUGGGGCCCUGCCUUCAGCCUUUUCCUGCCCUGUGCCUGACAUCAGCACCCUGGCUGGUCAGAAGGCCGCCCUCCCAGAGGAGCAGCCGAGAGAUCCCCUGAAGGCUGGAGGCAUUCUGCUCAGGACCCCUAUCCCAGCUCACAGUGCCCAACCAUCUCACCAGGAGAAAGAGCCACAUCCCCGCGUUAGAACCACGGAGACCGACCACCACCCUGACCCCCCAAACCCACUCACCAGACGCUUGCAGGACAGGCGCCGCGCAGCGAGCAGGGGCUUGCCCGGCCGACCCUCCCCUCCCCACCUGCCCCACUGCGCGUUACUCCAGGAUACGCCGAGCGCACGUAUAAGGUCAUCUUCAUCGUCCCCGUGGACCUUCCCCUUCCUCUGCACGUCGUCCAGCGUGGGACUGGCGUGUUGGGCUUCCCUGGGAGGAUCUGGAGGUUGUUCUCUGCAGGGGACCAGCCUGGCUCCUGGCGCGCACCUCUGCUCCCUUCUCCUCACUACCCACCCACGCAUGUACCGGGAAAAAACCUACUAUGCCCUUCUAGACCAUGUUCUGAGAAAAGAUCGAAAAUAUUUAACAAGAGAUAAUAAUAAAUCUGA